AUAUACUGUCUAUGAGGCUAACAGGCUAACAGGCAGCAUCAUGUCUGUGUUCAUGGAUUUAAAUGUGAACUACACGGCCGAUAAGAGCCAGCUCCAGAGUUUGAUAGAGACAGCAGCUCACCUCGGUUUCUCUACAGUCGCCAUCAACUACGUGUUCGAACCAACGGUCAAAAAGAAACAGGAAAUUCCCGCCCCGACGGCGAUCAGCGAGCUGAUGGAUCCGCUGCCCGUCGUACAGGGUCGCUCCCGGCCAAUCAGAGUGCUGAACAGACUGACCAUCGUGAUGUCAGACGCCAGUCACUUUAGGCCAACUGCUGUGGAGUAUCGGCGUUUCGACCUGCUGGCCGUCCAGCCGACCACAGAGAAGCUCUUCCAUGCAGCCUGUAUGAUAUAUGAUGUAGACAUCAUCUGUAUCUCAGUGACAGAGAAACUUCCCUUCUUCUUCAAGAGAGCGCCGGUCAACGGGGCCAUAGAGAGGGGUCUGGUGUUUGAGGUGUCCUACUCUGCAGCCAUCAGAGACUCCACCAGGAGGCGCUACACCAUCGCCAACGCCGUGUGCCUGAUGGAGACCUGCAAAGGGAAGAGUGUGAUCCUGUCCAGCGCUGCGGAGAAGCCUCUGGAUCUCAGAGGGCCCUAUGACAUCACCAACCUAGGUUUGUUGUUCGGUUUGUCAGACGGAGAAGCGAAGGAAGCCGUCUCCUCCACGUGUCGAUCGGUCGUUCUCCACGCAGAAACCAGGAAGACGGCGAGCGGGAUCAUCUACACCGUGAAGAGCUGCAGUGAUUCGCCGCCUGCAGACUGUGAGGCUCCCCCAGCCAAGAGAGCCCGGCCUCAGUGACCCAGUGACAGAGCGGAGGAGGACACACGUGGAUUAUUAUUCUCACACACUCUUUAUUUAA